AGUAUCUCACACAAGAACAGAAUAGUUAAAAGGAUACUAGAUAACCUCUCACGAGAGCUAAGGUAGGUAAUUUAGAAAAAAUUGUCGCUUAAUUUGUUACUAUCGGGAAAAAUAUACUAUCCAGUAUCCAUUCCAAUUUUUAGGUCUCUUUCCAUUUUAAAAAUCUUAACAAUGGAACUGCGAAUGUUCUAAACGUCCAAAGAGCAGUUACAGUGACUAUAAGAUUUAUCAUUCUCAAAAUGUAGUUGAUAUCUGUGUUUACAUUUCCUAUUUUCCCGACGGUAAAAGCCUUAAUUUUUUCAAUGGUUACGUGGUGUCAGAUUUCGUUCAAACCAUGCAGCUACUACCUCAGUAAAAUAGAACGAUUUUAUCCUUGGAUUUAUUGGUUCAUCUUCCUCUCACCCAGAAAUUGUCUUUCUCGUAGACCAAUAAUGCUAGGAAACCGGUUGACUCUUCAAUUCCUAUGUGCACUUCUGCUCAUCCUCGCUACAUUUGUUUGCGACAGCGAUGGUAUUUGGACUAUGCGAUAUGGCCGAAGUAUCGCCAAAAAAAGAACUUUCCCCUAUAGAGAUAUAGCUACUCUGUUGGCGAGAGAACAACUCAGAUCCUACAAUGAAUGGGAAAGACCCGCACUGAAUGCGAGAAACAUGGAAUCAGAAAGGUACGUACUCCUUAGCACUCCUGAAAAAUCUCGUUGGGUUUGUUUAAGCCACAAGCAAAUAAAUUCUGUUUAAGACUUUCUUUAGCUAGGGACGGGUAGGAAAGAAAUUGAAUGAAACUUCUGGCCGGGGGUUUUGACGUUGACUACGGGAUAAAAAAAAGAAAAAAAAAGAUCAUGAAAAGUCACCUCGUUUUUUCUAUCACAUUGGAGUGCUGAAAAAUAAUAUGUCUUUCCUUUGUUGCUCAGGGGACAUGUGCAUCAGCGACGGUCGCGUAGUUUACAAAAAAUUGGGGGAAAUUUUCUUAAUACUGGCCCUCAAGCUUUGCUAUAGACAUAACUGACAGGGCGUUUAUGCCUCAGGUCUUCCUCUUGAAAGAGAACCAUUUUCCGUGAAGAUUCAGAAUUCCGUCAACCCAUUUUAAUCUAAUGGGCAGCAUGAUUUAAUAAAAGCAUCCUUGCGAGUGUGUUUUGAUCAUGACAAAUUCUUCUGUAGCUGAAGAAUGUGUUUCUACAGUUAAAUCAAUUUUCCUGGGAAAUACAGAAGUGACUGGGAGGUCCUUGAGUACCGGCUGGGAGGUAAUUACUUAAACUGCAGAAUAGUAUGCAGACCGCUCACCACCAGAUUCAAUUAAGUCUCCUCGCUGAAUUUUACUUCUGACUCUGAGUGCAGACUCGAUCCAUGAAAGCCAUCUGUGAAAAUCCGUGUCAUAUUGUUGGAAAACUUCUAUGGACGAAGGCGAAAACCGAAAAAAAGCGUGACGUCACAAAAAUCCAAGAUUGUCAAUUUAUCGGAUUGGUUAGCAUAUUCACAAAGAAAAAGCUGAAAAAAGCCCCCUUGCCAAAAAUGAGCUUGUUAGUUAGUGCAAAUUGAUGAGGAGAUAAAAGCACCGGUUUGCUCUGAUGACUCCUUACAAAUAGCGCUAACCACCAGGGCCCAGUUGUUCAAAAGGUGAAUAGAGCUAUCCACAGGAUAAAUCACUAUCCAGUGGAUAAUGCAAUUGGUUUCCCUAGUACUUAUCCGCUGGAAAGUGAUUUAACCGGUGGAUAGCGCUAUCCAGCUUUUGAGCAACUGGGGCCAGAUAAAUCACUAUCCAGCGGAUAAGUAUCAGGGAAACCAAUUGCGCUCUCUCUAUCCGGUGGAUAACGCUAUCCACCUUUUGAGCAACUAGGGACAGGCCUAUUUGAGAGGGAUUUAUCAGGAGUCAUUGGAGCAUAACUUUGCCAAGAGAGGAUAAAGGGAACAGAGAAGGCAUCCCCCAUACACAUCCUAUUUCGUAGGUAAUUUGUCUCGAGUUAUUUUUAGAAUCGGGAUAAAGUUACCUCGCGCGCUGCGUGGAUGUUUCGUGGAGGUUUCGCAUGACUAAACGCCGUGCAAAACAUGUCGGAAAAAAGGCAAUGAAAGCGUAAAGAGAUCGAGAGCAUUAGUGAAUAUUGAAGCGAAAUGAGUCGGCGCUCACCUGGGAAAAGGGAAUCGCUAGACUCUUUGACAACCCGUGAAAUCAGUUUAACUCGAAGUUGUCGUAACCUCAGUGCUUUAAUAAAAUGAGAAAUUUCGACGGUCGUUUGUACAAUAAAGCAAGUAGGACGCCAAGUGUUAUUUUUGUUGAAUAAUAAAAGAUUAAUAAAAGAAUAAAUAUCAAACCACAAAUUGCUCUCUUUAAACUGUAAAUUAUAAAUGAUCCACAGAGAAUAUUCAGUGUGUUAAGGAUUUCCCAGCUGUACUGUUAGCUCUAUACAAGAGAAGAGGGGCGAUUCUUUUUUAAUUUCCGUUUCGCUGAUGACACAGCUUUAGUAGAAAUCUCUCUUUAGUCGUUUUCGUCGACAAAACGAAUACCAAUAUCGCUCUCCGCGUCUUCCGCCAUUUUUUUCAGCCGUCAAUUCGUGAAGGACACGUGGCUCUAAGCGUGGGUCAUCCACGAGGAACACAUUCGCGCUAUGUGACUGGCUGUUGUCUAGUCCCCGCCCCGCCCCCAAAGCCAGGGAAAAGCGCCCUGGGGACGAGGUUGCCUUGGGAUCUGUGGUCUUAAAAUAACUCGAAACGAAUUACCUGUGAAAUAGGGCGUGUAUGGUGGAUGCCUUCUCUGUCCCCUUUAUCCUCUCUUGACGUUGCUUAAUAUGCAGUCGAAGCUCUCGUAAGCGACCACCUAAGAAAUUUGUUUAAUGAGUGUCUUAAAAUCUGAUAUAGACACGUCUAAACUUUACAUUCUUAUUUUUAAGACCAAAAUAACGCCAUUAAAGGGUUGAUUUAAAUGAAUAUGACUGUGAGUGGUCGCUUACGACAGCUUAACCCUUUAAAUCCUAAUAUCAAAUUUCAAAUUCUCAUUUGUUAUCCCUAUACGUUUUCAAUAGAAGUAGAGGGGAGAAUUGGUUGAAGUGUCAAUUAGAUUCACCUUUUUGUGAUCACGUCCUCAAUUCUCCUGACCUCUGUGUUUUAUAAAGCAGUGAUAUUGCAAGGAGAAAUUUGAUGCUGAUCACUCGUAGGGCUUAAAGGGUUAAAAACAAAGAAAAAGGUUCAGUUGGGUAAUCCCAAAAUUGGUCGCGGUCGCUUAAGAGAACUAGUACUUUUCAUUCCAAGUGAAAGUCACAGUUCAAACGGGGUUUCAUAAAGGUUGUCGUAACUAGAGCUGGAUUUUUACGAGAGUGGUCACGAGGAGAGCUUCGACUGUAUCUCCUCACCAAUUUACCUCAACAGGCUGAUUUUUGGUAAGUGAACAUCACUCAUCUUGUUCUUUCCGGAUUUACCAACCAAUCCCACAAUUUCACAAAUUUAGUUUUUGUGAUGUCAUCACUUCUUUUCUCUAUUGUAAAUCUGUCGAUCAAACUUAUGGAAGCGUUUUUGGAAAAAUAAAGGUAAUUGUUCUUACAUUUUUGCUUCUUAUCUUCAGGUAUGUCCCAAUUGACGAGCCAAAUAAAGGGGGCAAAGAAUCAGAUUUUGAAUGAACUGAAACGUUG